UUCUCGAUAGAAAUCCCAGGGAAAUUUCACCACAUCAAAUCUUUGAUUUCAAGCCUUGGAACCAUGAGGUUGCGCUAAAUUGUGAAAUUUGAAAUCAGAAUACUACAGAUCUUGAAGGCAUCGCUCCGCAUAGGAAAGCAUUGCGCGUCAAAUCACACCUCGAGGCGCUUCAAGCUUCCACAACACUCCUCUCUUUGGGCCCAUACGCUGGAUCGGUAGGGCGCAGCAGAAUGGUGCUGCAGAACAAGUACAAAGCAAGAGCGUCUCGAAGGUACGUGGCCACCCGUUCAGGUUCUUCGGAAGGUGCAGAAUCCAGCCGGGGCCGCGGAGGUCGAGGAGCAGCAAGGGGAGGUACAGGGAGCAGAGGGAGGGGAGGGAGAGGCCGCGGCGGCGGCGAUGGUGAAAACGUGCGGUGGAGUAGGUUUGAUGAGGGCGAAGAGGAUGGUGGAAGUGGUGGGGGUGAAGAGGAGGAGCUGGACGACGAGCAAGAAGUGGAGCUCAAUCCGGCCUUUCCAUCGCUGAAGAAUGGAUUGCGUCACACAUCGCAUAACGCUGAGCAUGUCACGAAGACUGCCGCCCAUCAAACGGCGGAUGGUGAGCAGACUACGGGAGGCAUCCCUUCGCACCAAUCCACAGGUCUCGAAGCGAGUGCGACAGAGGAAGCGUCCGACUCAGAAGAACCAGAAGUGGACAUCUCCAAUCUGCUUGCUCGAGUGUCUGCUCUCGGUGAAGAUGCGCCAGUCCAAGGGUUCGCUGCAGGCGAUAGGCGCGCAGAUGGCAACGUCACAGGUCAGGAUUCUGAGGAUGUCGACGUGCAAAAAGACACCGAUCAAUCAUUGGCGUAUCUCCAUGCGAGGCAACAGACGAGGGAUGCCCGCACACGGAGCGCCAUGAAGCGGGCAGACGAGAGCUUCAGGAAAGAUAGGGCAUCUGGUGUGGACACUGAGAUGCCAGCGGAAGAAAGAGAGAGAAGAAGGAAGGAAGAGGAGGAAAUGCUAAAGGAGAGGGAAAAGGCCGAGGCUGUCACGUGUGAGUCCUUUUGAGUUGACUGCCGCACAUCUCUAUCUCUUCAUCAACGGUGGCUGACGGCGUGGCUAUCCUGCUCCUUCCGCCAGCUCUGAAAGAGCGCUUCAGGGGGCACAAAGUAGGGGAGCGAAGG